AUCAAAACGCGCUCUUCUGGAGAUGGGUUGCCUGACGGAGGAAAAGAGCUAACCUGCCCCUCCCACCGACCUGCUAAUCCACUGGAGAGAAUGAGGACAGUCGGGCCGCUAAGCGGGACUCGGCAGCGUGCGGGUGGUUUGGAUGACUUUUGGCCCCUCGCGGCCCCUGUAGCGUCCCUGGUUACCGCGCCCCUUGUAACCGCUGCCCAAGCCAGGUGGCCUGAGACCAGUGGCACCGGCUGAGCCGCCCCGGGCCGGCGCGGGCGCUGAGCCCCAGAUGGCGCGGUGAUGGACGCCUCGCACCGAGAGGCGAAGCUGGUGGCCUCCAGCCACCAAAUCCCGGUCCAUCCCACCACCGGAGCCCGGGUCGCCCAAUACGAACGCAAAGAUCUCCUGGAGGCCCUGGCGGCGGCGGCGGCGCAGGUGGCCUUGGAGGAAGCAAAGGAGGAAAUGCAGCCGCGGUCGGCGCGGGCGUCGGCUGAUGUUGACAGCAACUUUUCUGGGAUGGGUGGACGUAAACACGUAAGCCAGGAGAACAUGGUGAACUUUUCUGAUGUCCACCACUCCAAUGCAGAGUACUUCCGGAAACUAAAAGAACUGAAGGCCGCCCACGUGGAAACUAUGGCGAAGUUGGAGAAAAUGUACCAGAAUAAAUUAAACUUGAAGGGAAUCCAGCCCGUGAUCAUCAGGGAGAAUGACCCCAGGGUCUCCUCCAGAUCUGGCUCGGAAAAAGCCUCCUAUCCCCCGGUCACCCUGAUGCCAUCGCCUUCGGAGCUGGACGUGGGCCAGUCUUCCUCGGAGUACGCGUCUUCCUCGGAGGAGGAGUUGCCGGGCCCGGAGCGCGAGGUCCCGCGGGAGAGCAGGACCACGACCAUGACCUACGCUAAGGAGCUCAUCAGCAACAUGUGGAAGGACUUCUCGGUGGAAGAUUACAUUCAGUCCGAUGACACGGACGGUGGCACCGCGGAAAAGACACGGAAGAAGCGCAAAGGAUGGGUGCCGACGAUCACAGUGCCCGAGCCCUUUCAGAUGACGCUUCGGGAGCAGAAGAAAAGGGAGAAGGCUGGAUCCCGCUCGGACGUGGAGAUGCUGCGCGCGCUGAUGCGCAAGCAGGAGGAAGAGGAGGCCGAGAGCAGGAAGAAGAGGUUCCGAGCCACUCCGGUCCCUUCGUGCGUCUCGGAGCCCAUGUACCACGACCUGGUGCGGCGGCAGGAGGAGCGGCGCCGGGCCGCGCGGGACGCAGCCAAAGACGCGCUGCUGGCCUCGCAGAAGCCCUUCAAGUUCAUGGCGCGCGAGGAGCAGAAGCAAGCGGCCCGGGACCAGCUCAGGGAGCUUUUUAAGCCCCAGAAGAAAGCCGAUUGCUUUAAAGCCAGGCCCCUCCCUCUGUCUAUCUACGGCCCAGCCGCCAGGGACCAGUUCAGAGAAGAGUUCCCCGGGGACCCGGGCGCCCAGGAGCCUCCGCAGACGCAGCCCCCGCGGGGCCCCGCUGCGCGCAAACGCAGGUAUCGGAAGAAGUGCAAGUGCAAGCGCAGGCCCCGGUGCCCGACUUCGGACGUGGAAAACCUCCCCGAGAGAGGUCAGCACUCUCUCCUCGGAAACGCUGGUUCGAAACUCAGGUCCGCCCGGGACCCGCUGGAUCCCCGUGCGCCCCGGGACCCGCUGGAUCCCCGUGCGCCCCCCGACCCCGCCGACCCCGGGAGAGAGCGAGUUCUCACCGACAGUCAGGCCGAGGACGACAACUUCAAAGAAGCACGGCACAAGUCGCCGCUGAAAAGUGACUUGGACCCUCCACGGCCCACCGUGUCUUCCAGAGGAAGAGAACAAGCCAUCAGGAGAUCCCUUGAGGAAAAGAAAAUGUUGGAAGAAGAAAGAAAUCGGAUCCUAACCAAACAGAAGCAAAGAAUGAAGGAAUUGCAAAAACUCCUGAUAACCCGGGCUAAGGCUUAUGAUUCACAUGAAAGUUUAGCUCAAAGGUCUAAAUCCAGAAUAAAAUCUCUCAGAAGGAGUGAGAAGGAGAGGAGGAGAGAAUACCGACAGGAACUUGAAGCCAGAGAAGAGAAGUUAACAAAGAGGCCUCUACUAUUUGAAAAAGUUGCUCAGAAAAAUGCGAGAAUGGCGGCAGAAAGGCAUUAUUCUAACACCCUAAAGGCGCUAGGAAUCUGUGAUGAGUUUGUUUCAAAGAAAGGCCGAAGGGGGAACAUUCUUGAGUACUUCAGCCAGCCGGAGAUGGAACAUUUCACCGAAGACGAAGGAAGCCUCCAUGAAGAAAAAAGAGACGAGAGAGAGAAUGGGGAAGACAGGGAUUCUCUCGACCCCGACGGCCAGGAGUUAUGCAAGGAAGAGGAUGGAAUCGCUGGAGAAAGUGGGGAAGAGAAUUCUGUAGACUAAGACGACAGCAGCAAGGCCGCCCCUCCUGCCCCAUCAGCCUCACUGCAGUGUUCAACACUCCCACGAAGCUGCUUCUGCCCCUACGUGCCAUGCUGGGCCGGGGAGCACAGUCCCCUGCGGCUUCCACAGGGUUACUCCAGCUGAUUGGCCCUUUGGUCCAUGAGAACAAGGUUUUUGCUUCUGCAGUUUUUCUAAUCAGUACAAUAGCAUCUGUUUGCAACUUUGAUCGUAUCUUUUAAAAAAAUGCUUGAGAGUCACGAUGUCACCGACUAGUUAUACAAGUGUAUAUAUAGUAUACUCUCCAUUCUGUUUGGUGGAAAAGAAAUGCUGAGUCCUGAGAACAGAGAGUACUGGUCUUUAUUUGGUGAUGUGCUUGACAGGGUUUUUCUGGAAAAUGUGAAUCGAUAAAUAUUUUUAAAACGGUACCGUCUGCCCAUCCUUUUUCUCUGAAUUGCACCUCCCAGAGUGAAUCCUCAAACUUGUUUUGUGAGAUAUUUGAAAGUUUUGUAUCUGAGUAAUUAAAAAAGCAAGCAAUAAGCUAGAAUUUCAGAGCAAGACACUUACAAAUGUACUUUUGCUUCUGCCCUGAGAGGGAACUCUGAAAAUGCCAAUGCCAUUCUCACCUUCACUUUGACCUUCAAGCUUGGGUCCAAAUCCCGGUCUCAGAGGCGAUACAAUUGUACAAAUCGUAUAACUCAGAUUUAGGGCUUUAAGACUGGAGACUCUGCACACAUGUUUACACAUUAUUGCAAGCAGCAUUUGGUCUGACGGGCACAUGUUUUACUGAAUUUAUGCAUCUGCAUGUUCCCUCUUUAAGCAAAUUUGUGUGUGUGGUUUUUUCCCAAAUAGAAAAAUAUUAAUAUGUAUAUAACUAUAUCGAUAUUGUCUCCAUUUUGCAGACACAUACAUACAUGCAUGUCAUUGUUUAAACCUGGAGAGCAAAAAGGAACAAUUACAGCAAUGUAUUAAGUAGACUCUUCUUUAAACCUUCAUCGUUUAUACGAUUCUUUUAUUUUCCCCCCAAACCUUUUUAAUGGGAGAUAAUACAGCUAUCAUCAUAUCAUUCCAUAAUUCAUGUACAUCAAGCAAUAUUGUACAAUUGCUACCACAAUGAAUUUCCUUUAACCAGAAUUAUGUUCAUUAUUAAAAUGCACCGAUGUCUGCAAA